ACGUCAAUCAGGCUUCGAGCCGAUUUCGGGAAGGGUAAAGCCGGGGUGUUUGUAUCAGAGGCUUGCUCCUGCUCUCGGUGCCGGAGCCAGGGUGCGCAGGGGUAGGGAGAGAAUAGCAAUGGUCAAUAGCAUGUUCGGCGGUGACAAACUGAGUGGGGCUGCUGCGCAAGGGAACUGGCGAGAGGUUAAACGUCUUCUGAACGAAGAGAAGGUGAAUGCGAACGCGGUGAAUAAAUACGGACGGACCGCAUUGCAGGUGAUGAUGUUGGGGUGUACCUUUGUUGCAGAGGAGCUACUGAAGAAUGGAGCGGACCCCAAUGUCCGGGAUAAAAAUGGCUUUUCCCCAGCACACGACAUAGCCCGCAGUGGUUUCUUGGAUACCAUGGUGGUCCUGAUGAAGUACCAAUCUGAUGUAAACUUGGAGGAUGCCUCGGGCUGUCUACCAAUACAUCUGGCUGCCCAAGAGGGCCACCUAAAUGUUGUGCAGUUCCUGGCUUCUAGGUCAAGCAUUUGGCACAAGAACCACAGAGGGCAGACCCCACUUGAUUUGGCACGGGUUUCAGGCAGAACUGAAGUGGUGGAAUGGCUGGAGCAAGUAAUACAAUGCCAAAGCUCACAGUGAUUUCCCCAGCUGCUGGGACAUUAACAUUUCCUCAAUUUAACCUCCUCAAAGCAUGGUCUACUUUGUAUUGCACUGUUAAUUCCAUUUUUUUAAAAAAUUUUAAGUCACUCCUUGGGUCUUGAACUAGAGUGGAAGCGCUUCCACCCCCAAAUUUUGAUGGCCAUCUUGCCCCUAAAAGUAGCCAAGUAACUUAAUCAUCGAUGAGCAGAUUUUUUUCUUUACUUGUGCCACCUUAUUGUUGUGUAAAUUCAAAUGGGAGCUACAAUGAACAGCGCAUGAGAGCUUGCACGUGUGGCCUCAGGAGCUCUAGGCAUUGCAGAAGCUCAGUCUGCAGUGAUCUAUUCCACAUACUCGGAAACAUGCACCUUUAGAAGGCUGCUUGGGUGGAAGAGAACUCUGGUGCGUGGGCAGAGAGCACAGCUGGGAGCUAUGAUCACUGGAUCUGUGGAUCAGCAUUGAACCAUGGGGUGUGGGGGAGAUGUGGAAUCGGUCGUUCUGCCCAUGUGGCCUCAAUAAGAGUGCCUCAGGGAAAAUAGUGUCUCUGAAAUAGGAAUAUCCCAUGUACAAGGGGGUUAAAGAUCCAAGGCUUCAUUUUGUUUUAACCAAUGAGUGUUUACAUUGAUUUAAAGUACUGUAAAAUUACGUUGUGCUUUUCAAUUUUUUGAAGUUAAAAUGGUUUAUUUUGUGUUUCACAAAGGAAACAGAACAGUUAAUGUAGCAAUGAACUUGUCCUGAGUGCUCUAGUGAUUCAUAAAUGAGUGUGUUUUCAUUUUUUUUGAGUUAUUGUCCCCAUUGACUUAAAUGCCCCCUUUUUUUCUGAAACAAAAUCAAGAGUAUGCUUAUCUUUAGAAGAUAUGGUGAAGCACUUAAAUUUCUGGGUGUGAUCUAUUUGAGCAACAUUGCACAUACACAAGGCAUGUUUGCAGUUUUUACAGAACAGGAACUGUAUACUAAAGUGUGGAUGGGGUGUGAUCGGCAAAACAAACAGAUUCGAGGGGCCGAAUGGUCUACUUCUGCACCUAUUGUCUAUAAGAUUCUAGAAUCCCAGAGUUAUGGCUCUUUGGAUAUAUAUGGAAGCAGAGACAUGUUUAUCUGGAUUGAACAGAUACUAGGGGGAAUCCACUACCCAAUGAUGAAAACAUCCCCACUGGGUGAAGAGCAGUCCUGGGACCUGCUAUAAUUCUUGCCACUUACUUUAUGCAUCAGACUAAGAGCAUCUUUAAAUUUUGUUUAGUUGAUGGCAUAUGGAAGCUGAAAGUUUGAGGCUUAAAUUUUCACACAGAAAGAUUCAGUUUUCCUCAAAACUGAUACUGGGCAAAACAUUGUUGGAAACACUGAUGCAGACAGUGAAAUCCUGACAACAUUUCAAAUCUUGUGUCUAUAGUGUUACUGUAACUAUAGGGGUUGAGAGUCUAUUAAACUUGUCAUGAUAGUGCACGGGUGUGCCCACAAAUGUAGUUAUCUCAGCCUAAUUUCCAUAUAAGGUAUGUGUAAUAUGCAAAACAAGUUGAGUAUUUUUGUUACCCAUUUAUUGCCCACAGGUUGAAGACGUGGCAUUUCCCCUAGAAUUCUAUCUGCCUUGGAGACAAAGGUAGAGAACCCCCAGGACAGGGAGCUCAAGCUUCCUCCUCCUGUCUGAUGGUCUUUUGGAAUGAAGGGGAACAAUUCAAAUUAAAAUUUACAAAGGAAUAUACAGAUCAUGUUCCCAUAUUUUGCCUAAAUCUUUUAUUCAAAUUGUUGAUUUAAUUUCCUUAUACUUUUGUGUAGGGGUGACAAAAUGCUGGAGUAAAAACUUGAGGUCAACCUGUUGCUCUAGUGUGCUCUUAUCAAGAAUCUGUAGUUUCUCAUCCAUCACUCCACCCUCAAAAGUUCAAACAUCACCUUGUCCGUGACAAGCAAUUAAUCUGCUUAUGGCUUUUCCUGUGGCUGAAUUCAUUCACUCUCACCUUGCCCACUUUGUCUAUCACACAUAAACAUUCUCACUCCUGGGUCAGAUGGUUGUGGUAUCAAGCACUAACCCUCAGACCUGAGCACAAAAAUCCAGGCUGAUAAUUCAGUGAGAGUAGGCGGCAUCAUUGAAGGAGCCUCCGCUUAUAUUGCAGAUAGGUGAAGUAGAAGGUUCCAGGAAACAUUUUGAAGAGGACUGAAGUUAGCCCUCAGGUCCUAGGCACUAUUUACACUUAC